AUGUUCCUCUUUUAUCUUUCCAGAACCCCAGCUGUGUUUGAUGAAUGUGACAUUGACAAAGCGGCCCGCGAUCUGUUGCUGCAGGAUAUCCGUCAUCGUCUCAUGCCGCAGGCGGUAAAACUCAGAGCUGACUUUGAGGUCUCCUGUUUCGCCUACGAGGGCAUCGAAGCUGUUCGCAGGGCUCUUCGUCGUGGCCUCGAGUUCAGCACAGAUGAACUCCCCAUCAAGCCUCGGAUAGUUUCGGAUACUGACGAGUCGGAACUUCGGCGCCACAUGGAGGAGCUCGAGGAUGCCAACAAAGAGGUCUCCGGUGACGAUGAUGACGAUGAAGAAGACGCCGGUAACUCGGAGGAGGAUGAAGAAGCCGAUGAGAGUGACGAUGAGGAAAAGUAA